AUGGUAGCAAUAGACAUUGAGGAAUACAAGAGCGGGGAGGGUGGAAGUAGGGUUAUCAAGAACAGCAAGACAGACAUCCCAGAGCUGGAAUUAUUUCCCCGCUAUCUUCUCUUCCUGAGACAGCAGCCUGCCACUCGGACACAGCAGUCUAACAUCUGGGUGAAUAUGGGUAUGAUGAGCCUGAGAAUGUUUCCUCAGCAUUUACCGAGAGGAAAUGUACCUUCUCCGAAUGCACCUUUAAAGCGGGUAUUAGCCUAUACAGGCUGUUUUAGUCGAAUGCAGACCAUCAAGGAAAUUCACGAAUAUCUAUCUCAAAGGCUGCGCAUUAAAGAGGAAGAUAUGCGCCUGUGGCUAUACAACAGUGAGAACUACCUUACUCUUCUGGAUGAUGAGGAUCAUAAAUUGGAAUAUUUGAAAAUCCAGGAUGAACAACACCUGGUAAUUGAAGUUCGCAACAAAGAUAUGAGUUGGCCUGAGGAGAUGUCUUUAAUAGCAAAUAGUAGUAAAAUAGAUAGACACAAGGUUCCCACAGAAAAGGGAGCCACAGGUCUAAGCAACCUGGGAAACACAUGCUUCAUGAACUCAAGCAUCCAGUGUGUUAGUAACACACAGCCACUGACACAGUAUUUUAUCUCAGGGAGACAUCUUUAUGAACUCAACAGGACAAAUCCCAUUGGUAUGAAGGGGCAUAUGGCUAAAUGCUAUGGUGAUUUAGUGCAGGAACUUUGGAGUGGAACUCAGAAGAAUGUUGCCCCAUUAAAGCUUCGGUGGACCAUAGCAAAAUAUGCUCCCAGGUUUAACGGGUUUCAGCAACAAGACUCCCAAGAACUUCUGGCUUUUCUCUUGGAUGGUCUUCAUGAAGAUCUUAAUCGAGUCCAUGAAAAGCCAUAUGUGGAACUGAAGGACAGUGAUGGGCGACCAGACUGGGAAGUAGCUGCAGAGGCCUGGGACAACCAACUAAGAAGAAAUAGAUCAAUUGUUGUGGAUUUGUUCCAUGGGCAGCUAAGAUCUCAAGUAAAAUGCAAGACAUGUGGGCAUAUAAGUGUCCGAUUUGACCCUUUCAAUUUUUUGUCUUUGCCACUACCAAUGGACAGUUAUAUGCAAUUAGAAAUAACAGUGAUUAAGUUAGAUGGUACUACCCCUGUACGGUAUGGACUAAGACUGAAUAUGGAUGAAAAGUACACAGGUUUAAAAAAACAGCUGAGUGAUCUCUGUGGACUUAAUUCAGAACAAAUCCUUCUAGCAGAAGUACAUGGUUCCAACAUAAAGAACUUUCCUCAGGACAACCAAAAAGUACGACUCUCAGUGAGUGGAUUUUUGUGUGCAUUUGAAAUUCCUGUCCCUGCGUCUCCAAUUUCAGCUUCUAGUCCAACACAGACAGAUUUCUCCUCUUCGCCAUCUACAAAUGGAAUGUUCACCCUUACUACCAAUGGGGACCUACCCCGACCAAUAUUCAUCCCCAAUGGAAUGCCAAACACUGUUGUGCCAUGUGGAACUGAGAAGAACUUCACAAAUGGAAUGGUUAAUGGUCACAUGCCAUCUCUUCCUGACAGCCCCUUUACAGGUUACAUCAUUGCAGUCCACCGAAAAAUGGUUAGUUAAAUGUUAGGCAACUCACUGCCAGUCUGGCUAGUGUCAUUUGUGAAAUAGUCAUUUUCUGUCUUUGCAACAUCAUUGAAUGCAUUUUCUUCUCUUCUUUUCUUUAAUUUUUUAAAAUUUAAUAAUUUUACAAAUUUUAUUUUUUUACUUUUUUAUCCUGUCCUCAAAAUCUGUUGCUGUGAAUGCAUUUUCAAUGUAUUAUAUGUGCUAAUAUAAGUGAUCAGAGCCAGGAUUUAGUAUUACUCAUGGUGGCUAAUGUAUGAAAUGACAUUCCUUAUCCGUAUAUUAAGAGGCAACAGGAUAGUCAGUGCAUCUGAGUACUACUUUCUUUAGAAAUUUGUGUCUCCUGGCCGGGUGCAGUGGCUCACACCUGUAAUCCCAACACUUUGGGAGGCUGAAGCAGGAGGAUCACCUUAGCUCAGGAGUUCAAGGCUAGCCUGGGCUACAUAGUGAGACCUCGUCUAUUCCAAAAAAAAAAAAGACUUUUUUUUUUUUUAACUAAGCAGCCAUGAUGGUGUGUGCCUAUAGUCUCAACUAUUCUGGAGGCUGAGGCAGGAGGAUCACUUGAGACUAGGAGGUCAAAGCUGCAGUGAGCCAUGCUUGCUUGCCCCAUGCAUUCCAGCCUGGGCAAGACCCUGUCUCAAAAAGAAAAGAAAAAGAAAAAAAAGAAAGAAAAUGGCCAGGUGCGGUGGCUCACACCUGUACUCCCAGCACUUUGGGAGGCUGAAGCAGGGGGAUCACCUGAAGUCAGGAGUUUGAGAACAGCCUGGCCAACGUGGUGAAACCCCAUCUCUACUAAAAAUAAAAAAAUUAGCUGGGCAUGGUGGCAUGGGCCUGUAGUUUCAGCUACUCGAGAUGCUGAGGCAGGAGAAUUGCUUGAACCCAGGAGGCAGAGGUUGCAGUGAGCGAAGAUUGCGCCACAGCACUCCAGCCUGGGUGAUAAAGUGAGACUUUGUCUCAAAAAAAAAAAAAGUAUCUCCUAAGCCAGGCAUGUUUAGGAGGAUCCCUUGAGGACAGGAUUUUGAAGCUAUAAUAUGCUAUGAUGCUCACACCUGUAAAUAACCACUCCACUCCAACCUGGGCAAUAAGUGAGACCUUGUCUCUAAAAAAAUUAGAAAAAAACAAAAACCAACACACACAAAAUUUAUGUUUCCUGUGUGUUUGUGUAGGUAUGUAUAUCUUCACUGCCACAUAAAUGCGGAUGGCUUCGGAAAAGUUUUUUGUUUUGGGGUUGGUUUUUUUGUUUUGUUUUGUUUUUUUUCUUAGAGGAUACAAGAAUGUUCUUGAGGAAAAUCAAGUUGUGCGUAAUUCCUCUCUUGAUAGUCUAAUAUAUAACUAUUGCAUUAAAGGUUGACUCUUUGGU